AUGCGCACUUGCGCCAGCAGCCGUCCCGCCUGGCGCCUCGCCCGCCGCCCGCCGCCUCGCCCGCUCGCUCUGGUUCCCCACCCGCCGAAGGGCCUCCCGGAGGACAACCACGUCGGCGUCGUCCAGACUGACGCCAAGCACAUCGCAGAGCUCCUCCUCGAGAGUGAGAAGGGGCUGGCGAGGAAGCGGGUGGCCAGCGCGGCGGCAGACGUCGCCUCGCAGCAGGUCGCCUCGCAGCAGGUCGCCUCGCAGCAGGUCGCCUCGCAGCAGGUCGCCUCGCAGCAGGUCGCCUCGCAGCAGGUCGCCUCGCAGCAGGUCGCCUCGCAGCAGGUCGCCUCGCAGCAGGUCGCCUCGCAGCAGGUCGCCUCGCAGCUGCUCGCCUCGCAGCUGCUCGCCUCGCAGCUGCUCGCCUCGCAGCUGCUCGCCUCGCAGCUGCUCGCCUCGCAGCUGCUCGCCUCGCUGCUGCUCGCCUCGCUGCUGCUCGCCUCGCUGCUGCUCGCCUCGCUGCUGCUCGCCUCGCUGCUGCUCGCCUCGCUGCUGCUCGCCUCGCUGCUGCUCGCCUCGCUGCUGCUCGCCUCGCGGCGCGCCCGGCGGUCGAGCUGA